AUGGAUUGGUGGCAGAGCGUAAAGCAAUGGGUAGGCUUACCCAAAAAGCAACCUAAAGUUGAAGGCAAUAGAAGCCAAUAUUCAAUGGUGCCGCGCGGCGAGCUGACCGCGGAUAUACUGACGAUAUGGAUUGAGUUGCCAGAUGAGGUGAAAAAUGAUCCGUCGCUGGCUCGGUAUAAGAAACUCUAUGAAGAAAAACAUGGAAAAAUCCCAGUAAUAUCAAAGAACCCAGAGUCGCAGAAGCGACUGAAGCAUGUACAGUCAGCCCCGAUGCUGCAGUCGGUACAGUCGGACGAGAUGCAGUACAAAAAUGACCGCAACAAGACCGAAGCUGCAGAGAAACUGGGCAACCAUGACGAGACACCAAUUUCGGGGCAGAGACUUCCAAAUUCCCGAUCAUCGCAGAUGGCGCGUGCCCGCAAAUACGUGAAGAUGACGAUUGUCCUCGGCUGCUGGGUGUAUUUUACCACCUGUUUCAUGAUGUACAAUGAGAAGAAGGAAAACGUCAGCAUAACGGCGGUGGUGUCUGGAGAAAUGAAAGAGUUCUCUAUGCCGAUAGACAAAGCAGAGUCAAUACUUCUAAAGCUAACGGCCCAAUUCAUGUCCGAAAAUGAUGAGAGGCGGUUCAACUCCACUGCGUUACCGGACCAUCAGAAACUUGAAGUGUGGUUGGAAGCAGAAAAUAACAAUGUCACUGAGGCAUCAGAAACGUGGUCCAUUCCUCUCCACAACUCAACCAACCAACGCUCGCGCACCCUCCACUUCAACUGUUCGCAUUGCGCGCUGCGUUUGCGCACCGACGCGCGCGCCGCCGUCGCGUUCACGUACAGUUACACGGAAAACCCGGUAGAUGACGCUACUGGCGUCAUCUGUGCGCUGGUGUUGCUGAUCGGCCUGUAUAUAUUGAUAGGUUUAGAGGUAAUAAACCGCACAAUGGCAGCAGUACUAGCAUCAACCAUGUCCCUCGCUGUCCUAGCUAUGGUAGGCGAGCGGCCGACCGUCCCAGAGAUCGUCUCUUGGCUGGACAUCGAAACGCUUAUCCUGCUGUUUAGUAUGAUGCUGCUGGUCACCAUCAUGGCUGAGACGGGCGUGUUUGACUUCGUUUCUGUUUAUACUUUCGAAGUGACAAAAGGUAAUCUUUGGUCGUUGAUAUACCUGCUUUGCGGUAUCACCGCAGUGUUGUCCACGUUCCUCGACAAUGUGACUACAGUUCUGCUGAUGUCUCCAGUUACUAUUAGAUUAUGUGAAGUGAUGGACCUGGACCCAGUACCAAUUCUGAUGCUCAUGGCUAUAUACAGCAACAUUGGUGGUACAGCGACCCCCGUCGGAGACCCACCAUGCGUUGUAGUAGCGUCCAAUAAGCACGUCAUAGAGGCUGGUAUAAACUUCACCAACUUCACGGCCCACAUGGCGCUGGGCAUCCUCCUCGUGGCGGUUCAGACCUCGCUGCAGGUCCGGUACAUGUUUCGAGACACCAACAAUCUAAGGCUUAACAUUCCCAAGGAGAUACAGGAUCUCCGCCACCAAAUUUCAAUAUGGCGGCGCGCCGCCGACUCCCUCCCGCAGCUGAGCGGCAACGCGCAUGUGGUGCGCGCGCACCUCGAGAGGAAUAUCGAGAAGCUGCGCGCGCAGCUCAGCCGCAUGGUGAAAGAGACGAGUACACGCGCGUGUCCGAGGGAUGAGUUCCAGAGUACGUUGCGGGAGUUGAAGAAAAAGUAUAAGAUCCGUGACAAGGCCCUGCUGGUGAAGGCUUCUGUCGCCAUAUUCUUCGCUGUGGCUGUUUUCUUCCUCCACUCGAUUCCUCAACUAAACCGCAUCUCUCUGGGCUGGACGGCAUUGCUGGCAGCAGUUCUGCUGCUUCUGCUGGCUGACCGUGAGGAUCUGGAGCCGGUGCUGAGACGGGUGGAAUGGUCCACUCUGCUGUUCUUUGCUGCACUUUUCGUUCUCAUGGAGGCUCUCUCCAAAUUGGGCCUGAUCCAGUACAUCGGUGGUCUGAUGGAGGAUCUGGUGCUGAAAGUAGAUGAGAGCUGGAGGCUAGCGGUCGCCAUCUUGCUUAUUCUCUGGGUGGGAGGCGUAAUCUCAGCAUUCGUGGACAACCUUCCGAUGACCACGAUCAUGAUCAGAGUGGUCAUAUCCAUCAGUAGCAACCCUGAUCUCAACCUUCCAUUCGCUCCCCUCGUCUGGGCGCUGCUCAUUGUCCCCGCAUUUUGGCCACAGCUCACUUGGGGAGCCUUCAUCAGAGUAGUUAUAUCCAUCGGCAGUAACCCUGAUCUCAACCUGCCUCUGGCACCCCUCGUCUGGGCGCUGCUGUAUGGAGCCUGCUUAGGAGGUAACGGCACUUUAAUCGGCGCGAGCGCGAACGUGGUGUGCGCGGGAGUGGCGGAGCAGCACGGCUACAAGAUCACCUUCGUGCAGUUCUUGAAAGUCGGCUUCCCCAUCAUGAUCGGGCAUAUGGCUGCUGCUUCCGUGUAUUUGUUAUUGUGCCAUUGUGUAUUUACUUGGCAUUGAUUUGUAAAUCUUUAUUUUUAGGGUUCCGUACCUCAUAAAGAAAAAACGGAACCCUUAUAGGAUCACUUCUUCUUCUGUCUGUCUAUUUGUCCGUCUGUCACAGCCCAUUUUCUCCAAAAGUACUG